AUGGAAAAACUCAUUUCAAGCAAGCAUAACAUUCAACAUGUGCCCGAGUCGUACAUACUGCCUCCAGAAAUACGGCCUGGGAGAGCAGCGAUCCCUUCGUGCAAGUCCAUCCCGGUCAUUGAUCUUCAUGGAAACAUUGACAGCAACCGACAAGAUUUAGUUCAGAGAAUCAUGGAGGCUGGCCAAGAAUUUGGAUUCUUCCAGCUGACAAAUCAUGGGGUGCCUGAGGAGCUUAUGAAGGAGACGGUUAAGGUGGCAGAGGAGUUCUUUCAACUGCCUGUAGAAGAUAAGGCGAGCUUUUAUUCUGAGGAUCCAAGAAGAGGAUGUAGAUUGUCCACAAGCAUUGACUAUGAUCAUGAGAAAGUGCACUUCUGGAGGGACAAUCUGCGUCACCAUUGUCGUCCUCUGGAGGAUCAUGUUGGAGAGUGGCCAACAAAUCCCACACGAUACAGAGAGGUAAUAGGUAACUAUGCAGUUCGUGUGAGGGAGCUGAGUUUGGUGCUUUUAGAUCUAAUAUGCGAAGGGUUGGGCAUAGAAUCAGGAUAUUUCGAGGGUGGAUUGAGCAGACUUCAAAUGAUGAGUCUCAACUAUUAUCCGCCCUGUCCCGAUCCUGCUUUGACGUUGGGAUUGCCCAAACACGCUGAUCCGAAUCUCAUCACCGUUCUUAAUCAAGGAGCAGUUCCCGGCCUUCAAGUUUUAAAAGACGAAAAAUGGCUUGCGCUGGAGCCUGUUCCUAAUGCAUUUGUGGUUAACAUAGGCCACGCACUCCAGGUGAUAAGCAAUGGGAUGCUAAGAAGUGCUGAGCAUCGAGUUGUGACAAAUGCUUUCGUUGCUCGAGCAACAGUUACCAGCUUCAUCCAACCAUCUAACGACAGCCUAAUUGGGCCUGCAACGCUGCUGGUCGACCGAUGCAGUCUUCCUCUAUACAGACCUUUCCGAUAUGAUGAGUUUCUCCGGACAUACAUAAAGGACGCCCAAGAUGGCAAGCCCCCUCUGAAGCAAUAUGAAAUAUCCCAAACAUAG